UUUUACCUGCAAGUUGAACAUCACCUGCCGAGGCCAAGAGAGUAUCGUUCGUGAGUCCGACCGUCCACGGAAACAAGCUUUAGGAGCUUCGAACCUCCGCGUCUCCGCUUGGCGCACCACACCGGCCGUUUCAGAUUGUGUACAGCUCUUUGAAGGGGUAGAUGUACCGCAGCAGCACUCACAUAACGUUGCCUCUCUUGCGCGCGAUGGUUUGCGGUGCCACAAUAGCCUGAAAGCUCGCACCGGACUUUUUUCCAAUAAAGAUCGUCACGUUAAAGGAUGCGAUUCUGAGUGAUUGUGACAAGUGUUCAGUGAUCAGAUACGGCUCAUAUCAUGGCCCUAGUGAGGAAGUGCAGUUUUUUUAAUUGUUUCUUCAGAACGACUUCACCUAUGACUGUGGCAAUUUACGUAUAUCUAUUACUGACCUUAGCGCUCUUCGGCCAGCCGGCAUCCUCCAGGUCCUUCCACGUCCACUGGAACACCACCAAUAGCAUAUUUCGCAUCGACAAUACAGACCAUAUUAUAGACGUGAACAAAGGGAACGUCCAGUUCGAGUAUGACCAGGUCAACAUAAUAUGUCCAGUGUACAUGCCUGGGACCUACGACGAGGACGCAGAGAAAUACAUUAUCUACAAUGUCACCAAAGAAGAAUACGAGACGUGCAGAAUAACGAAUCCCGAUCCUAAAAUCAUCGCUAUCUGCGAUAAGCCCUAUAAGCUGAUGUACUUCACAAUUACGUUCAGGCCAUUCACGCCACAACCUGGUGGCCUGGAGUUCCAACCUGGCAAGGAUUACUAUUUUAUCUCCACCUCGUCAGCAGACGACCUUCACAGGAGAGUAGGAGGACGAUGUCUCACGCAUAACAUGAAGAUAGUUUUCAAAGUCUGUUGUGCUGAAAACCAGACAUCCACCACUUCUACCACGAGAUUCAUGAUGCCAUCGACUCCGUUCUCCUGGCCAACUAGGCCAACUCCUGGACCAACUACCACGACAACCACACCGUGGAAUCCUAGAACUGACCCCAUUCCUUCACGGAAACCACCGAAAAAAUCAAACGAGUAUGAUAAACAUCCAAAUGAAGUAGUCAAGAAUGAAGAACUAACUUACAACACUGGAGUAUGGCUGUCUGCAGCACCCUCUAGUAUUCUCGUCUUAGUUGCUUUGGUGGCAUGUCUAAAAUGGCGGUGAGCAAAACAAAGGGGUAUGUCCCCACGUACAACAGUCAGACACAUUGAUACAUACUUGUAAAAAUUUUGUAAAUUGAGAGAAAAACGCGUGCGCAGAUGUAGCGACUUGUGGUCAGGUGUCCUGUCCUGGUGAGUGUUCCAAACGUUGGUUGGUGGUGUUCCGAGAUAUUGUCCGACAGAAAAAAACAACCUAAGUGUAUAUAAUUUAUUCAAAUUAGAGAAGACUUAUUUAUUCAAGUGGAUAUUCCAAAAUGAACUUAUUUUGUGAGAGAAUUUGUGAUAAAUGUUUUAAAAGACUACAACACUGGAGUGCUCCGACCUUUCAUAACCGAUUGCACAUUAUUCGAAAAUUUUUUCUGCGAAUACGAAAUUUGAUGCAUACUUUCGACAGCUGUUUUCAUGUACCAUGAGGAACUUUUUUUCUUAUUCGAUUCAGAACGUGCAAUUGCUUCAAGGAGCCUCGAAGACGAAUAAUGUGGAAUCUGGUAAAAUAUUUUUUAAUGUUUGUAUUGUAAAUACAUAAAAGUGAUAUAUAUUUACUACCUUAAAACGCUUGUUAAUAUAAUUUUUUCUAUUGCUCUCACCAUUAAUUGUACCAUUAUCUAUUAUUUCUUCUGUAGAGUCGAGCAAUCACUUAUAUAUUCGAAUAAAAUCUGUAGGUUUGAUAAGACAAAUAUUUAUACAAAGAAUAUAUGCCAUAUUUUACAUGAUCUAGUUUCUUCAGAUUGUUUCGCAUCAUAAUAUUCUUAAUCUUCUAUCAAAUAGCUGUCAAGGAUAUUCGUACUAUCUAUAAUACGAAUUGAAUGUUUUCAUUCAAAAAACAACUCGUAUUUCAAGAAAUUUUCUUCUGUGAUAAAUAAGUUAUUUAUCUAUUUGUGAUCUAUUCGGAAGGGGAAUAUGUGGGAGAAAUUGAACAAGAACUCAUCUGAUAGAAGAUUACAAUUAGAAUAAUUAUGACCCCGAUCACCCAUAUACUAUAGUUGUGUGUCACUUAGAGCUCUAUAUUAAAAUGAAUUAAAACAUCACGGAACUUGUGAAAGACGUGAUUUAAAUGUUCAUUCAGUAUUUAGAGUAUUUUGUAUGAUUGCAGUAUAAUGUAUGCCUACAUAAAUAUCUGGUCAGUUAGCAUAUAAGGCUCAGGCUAUUCUGAUCCAUUACAGCAGAAGUGUUUCGCUUCUGAAUAUCUUUUUGAACUCUGUUUAAUCCAGUAGUUUGUUCCCUAGACAUUAAUGUAUUCUUGAAAUAAGUUAUAUAAGUUUUCGAGUUAAAAGUGAAGCCAUUUUGAACAAUAACUUUGCAUGUGACAAUAACACUGUAUCGCAUAUCAUUUAAUUGCUGGAAAUCCUCAUACUAUUAAGUGUAAAUGUAUUAACUUUCUUAAUCGAUGAGAAAUCUCGAUCCGAUUGGGCCUGUACAUAUGAAUUGGAUUGACCUACAUCCAAUAAAUUGUUCACUAUGGCAUACAGCAGAUUUUAUUCUUUCAAGGCCACAGAAACUGGCAGUGUGUAUUUUGUACUUAACAUUAUUUAUUUAUUUAUCACACUUAGUCCUUUGUCCUCACAAUUGCAGAUCUGGUCAACCAAUUCCAACUCUUUCAUUCAUAAGCCUAGUUUCAAUACUCAGUUCUUGGAUCCGUCCUCUCUUUUUUAUAAAGCAUUUUCUGUAUAAUUUGCAGAUCUGCAAGUACUUUAGUUUAAUAAAUGAAAACUCGUAGUUGACCUUCAACAGAGAGUUGAACUGAAUGAAUCUCUAAUGAAAGAAGAAAUAUUAUACUAAAAGGUGUUCAUUGUAUAAUUAUAAAUUGUAAUACCUUCACACAUUUUUCAAAACAUUCAGAUCAUUGAGGCGAUAUAUUUCGGAAUCUUUGUUGGAGAUAGACUAUAAUUACUCGUGUCACCGCAGUAUUAUCGAUUUUACCAUUUUUGACUAAUAAAAUAAGUUCAUUUAACUGAGUGUAUUGUACUACAUUGAAUGUAUUUAGAUGUUCAAGAAAAUAUAUCAUUUAUGUCAAGUAUCCAACUUAGAUUUAGUAGCACUACCGUAUGCAUAAAACGAAUUAUCUUCUACUGUCUUAUAGAUCUGUGAAAAUCCCGCAUGAGGGAUAGAUCAAACUACAAUGAAGAAAAUUUCUUUCUUUUCCGUAUACAGAGCCAGUAAGACAAGAUUAGCAUUUAAUGGUGAAAAAAGUUUCUGUUGCCUGAUUUAUGUAUUCAGCAAACAUGUAUGGGCAGUAUUCCUUGUCGUAUGUUAAAAUGUCUCCCAUUCCUUUGUAAUAGAUCAAUAAACAUAUUUCUUAAUGAA